AGCUCAUGAUCAUACAGGUCUACAGACGACCCUACACACUUAUUAACCUUAUAAUUCCUGCUUAUUAGAUCAACUCUAAUAAGCAAAUUUACUGGCUCCACUAACACAAUGGACCAUUAUGGAGAAGCAAAAAGUUGUAAACCAAAAGCUGGAGAGUUUCAUGCGACGAAAUCUACCAUCUGCUGAGUAUCAAAGGAUCAGAUGCUACGAGAGAUGUGUGGUGGACAAGUCGAUGAAGCUUGCUCUGCUGACCUCUAAAAACCUUAUCAUCACAGACUCCCCCCCGAGAACUAUUCUUUACACAUUACCUCUGAUCGAGUUCUUAUCAUUAACCUUGGUUCAAGAUCUGCCAGAUUUUCUGCAAGGCGACGAAAGGUUUAAGAGUCAGCACCUCUCGCUAAAGUUCAGACAGGAUUCAGUCGCUAAGUCUGAGAGUUCGCUUAGCGAGAGUACCGGGUCUUAUGUCAGCGCAUCUUCUGAUGUCCAACCAGGUGACACGGCUACAGAGAAGUUGUCUAAAAAGAAGCCCCUGAGCGCUAGUUUCUCCAAUCUGAGUUCCACGUCAUGGCACGGCUCGUUACCCAGCCCCCGGCCAAGCAAGGAACGGAGACUCAGACUAGACGCUACUGCUAGUCUCGAUGAGUCAGCUUCUAGGCUUGACAGGCUGAAUUUAAGUGAUAGUGGCAGUUCUGUCUCCUCACAAGGAACCACAUCCUCGACCACCACCGACUUGGACCUCUUCCUCCUCACUGACUCCACCCUCUUCUUCCAACUUUUACAAGCCGCCUCCCUCAACGAGAAAAUAGCAGGGACACGAGAACUUAAAAUCACUGUGAACGGAUCCACAAAACCAAGGCGGAAGAAAAGUAUCGAAAGAUUAGUUAUUUUGCGAGGACAGCUGUAUGCUCAGCUUUCUUCAGACAUCCAAACUAACAAAACCCUGGAGAAAAGGUUUUAUCUGGUUCAGGAGCUGUUCACUGCUGCUUGUAACGAUAUGAACAUCAAGAAGUUCUUUUGGAAGGACCUUGAUCUAUGUACAGCUUUAGUUGAGGACCUGGGAAAAUAUCGGCAGGGAACUGGCGAGAACAACCGAGCAGAUGAGAUAGAGUAUUUGAUACAGUUAGAAACGUGUCUAGCGGAGAUGUUCAGAGAAUCAGAACAUUUGUCCCAGCGAGCCUAUCUUCUUACUGCCAACAGUUUUAUAAUGCUGCGAAUGCUGGUAGAGAACAUCUCCUCGGUCCCGAGGUUAACAACACAUCUUACAAACUGUACAGAGGUUGAAGAUCUCUGUACGGAACAUCUGGACACCACUACGAAACUUCUCUUCGAGGUGUUACUGGCGGUAACAGAACAUCCCACUUAUGGGACGGAGCUCUCCGUGUCCCGUGUAAUCUCCUUUCUUGAAUCCCGCUUCUCCACCUUCGGACCAGUGUACAGCAGCAUGGUAGAGAGAGGGUUGUAUCUGAUAUCACGUACGGGAGCUGCCAGUACCACUCUUCUCCUCUUCAGUGUGUUCUUUGUGGUGGAAGUGCUGGGUAGAAACAGCAAUAUCUGCAGGCAGAUACUCACCACUUCUCAUCUAGAGGAUAUCAGGUACUACUGCGCAAACCCCGAGUUAAAGAUAGUGAGAUGGUCCCCCUUACAGACUCUAACUAUCGAGCGGGUCAACAGACUGUUAAAAGUCAUUUCUUAGGCUCUCAUUCACUAAACUUGUUUUAAUUACUUCAUUUGUUAUUAUUGCUUAUAGACAGUCAAUUUACCAUGUCCCAAAUUACUGUGAACCUUGAUUUACUGGGAAUGUUUUACUCCCACCAAUAUCUACAGAAUUAGAAGUUUUUAGUGUAGUACUAAAAUUCUUGAGGGAAGAUUUGUGUUUCCCCUGUUAAUUGUAAUAUAUAGAGGCCCGGUAAAUUGAGGUUUGACUAUCGCCUGUGGAAUUUAAAAAUGUUCGGUGGUUUGGCUGCAAAGUUCAUUGUUCCUUCUUUGCUACACUGGUAUCUUAUUGAUUUCUGGUUCUUUACAUGUUUUUGUUUCUUCAAUAUUUUCCGAUGAAUGUAACUUAGUUGGAUAGAAAUAUGAUUAUAUUAUGUUAAAUUGAAUGCGCAGAUUAAACCGAUAUUUUAAAUGCUUGGAUAAUAAUGGUGUGUAUCAUAUUCAUGUGAACAAUUCCGCUCCAGUGGAUCGUUCGUUAGAAUUUAACAACUUACGAAAGAUUUAACAAGCGGCAUGAUGGAUGAACACUGUUUUACUUUUAAAAUGUAAAUAUAAUGUAAAAUAUAUGUGAUAUAAUGUUCCCAGACAUCUCUUUAAUAGGUACGAUCUCUAUUGUUUGCUUAACCAAGUACCUACUCAAGUAGCGAUCAAUAUUACUACAAAGUGCGUUGACAAAAUAGAAACGAUUUUAGUCAAUAUUUUGUUUGACUUGUUGCGCAGUGAUUCCUUUUUUAAAUUAUUCCAUGUUGGUCAUCCAAUUAUACACGGAGUUUUAAUUUGUGUAGAAAGUGUACAUAUAAUAAUCAGAGCGUUUUAAAUAAUUUGAUAUUAAUAAAAACUCUUAAUAUCAUUUAUAGAGUUUUUGUUUGAUUGAUGUCAGUGUAUUUUAAAAUAGUUAUAUAUUUUAACUUGUUGUUAUGUAACAAAACAG